AUGCCUCAACAAGAAUCUGAUGAUUAUGAUCAAUCCAAUCAAUUAUCUUAUGAAGUUAAUGCUUCUGAAAAAGCAAUUUAUCGUAUUCGAUCACAAACUGAUGAAGAAAGAACUGAGUUUAUUAUUGAAACAUUUUCAAAUGCUUUUCAAGAUGGUAUUCGUGACAAUCCAACCGCAUAUCGUGGUCGUUUUCGUAAAAUGUCAGCUACACCAUUUUAUUUCUAUCGUGGUUCAGCAGCUCUAUUUUAUCAGGAUUUAAAACUUGAUCAAGAUCAAUUUAUUGCCAAAAAUAAGGCUGCUGGACACGUUUUUAUUCAUGGCGAUUUACAUGCUGAAAAUUUUGGUACAUAUUUAGGUAAUAAUGGUAUUCUCAAUUUUGACGUUAAUGAUUUUGAUGAAGGUUAUGUUGGUCCAUUUACAUGGGAUGUUAAGCGUUUAUUAGCCUCGAUUAAUUUAAUAUGUUAUUCGAAAGGUUUUUCAGACACAGAAAUUCAACAAGUACUCAAAACUUGUGUUGAAGAAUAUUUAAAACAAGUUUAUGAAUUUUGUGACUGUCCAAAAGAUCAAUUUGCCUUAACAUUAAAAAAUACAUCAGGUAAAAUAAAAAAAAUAUUAAAUGAAACUCGUAUUAAAUCUCAUGUCGCACAUUUGGACUCAAUGACAUACAUUGAAAAUUAUGAUCGAAAAUUCAUUCGUUCAAAAAAUAUUAAAGAUGUUGAUGAUCAAACGCGUGAAAAUAUAAUGCAUGCUUUUCAAACAUAUUUAAAAACAAUACCGCAAAAUAAAAAAAAAUCAAAAAGAAAUUUUGAUAACGACCAGUUACAGUAUAGAGUCAAAGAUAUUGUAGCACGUUCAUCAUCUGGAAUUGGUUCAGCUGGAAAAAUUUCCUAUUCAUUAUUAAUUGAAGGACGAACUGAAACACUUGAAAAUGAUAUUAUCCUUUACAUGAAGCCAGCACAAAAAUCUGCUAUUGCUGAUAUUAUAAAAAAUCCAACUUUGAAUGAAUAUUUUAAACAUGAUGGUUUACGAAUAGUUUUAUGUUCAUAUGCAAUGCAAGCAUCAACACCUCGGUGGUUAGGUUAUACAACAUUGGGCAGCAUUUCAUGUCUUGUUGACGCAGUUACAGCACAUUCGGAAAGUCUUGAUUGGUCUGAUAUUAAUGAAUUUCAAGAUGUUGUCGAAAUCAUUCAAUAUGUCGGACGAGCUAUGGCAAAAAUUCAUUGUGUAGCUGAUUCUGAUUGUUUGAAUACACCAAAAGAUAUAGCAUGUUUACCAUUUUCAAUUAUACCAAGAAAUACAGAACAUACAAUUCGUGAUACUAUUUAUGGACGAGAUGAUGACUUUAUUCAAGAUAUGGUAGAAUUUGGCAUGGUAUAUGGUGAACAAGUGCGACGUGAUCAUCGUCUGUUUUUUGAAGCAUUUCGUAAUCAUCAGAUUCCAGGCCUUUGA